CUGAGUGGCGCGCGCUGUGUUUCUUGCUGCCCCUGGCGUGGUUGCUUUCGGCAUGGAAGAAAUUUAUGCUAAGUUUGUGUCACAGAAAAUCAGCAAGACCCGCUGGCGACCGGUACCUCCGGGGAGCCUGCAGACCACGGAGACUUUCGCCACGGGCUCUUGGGACAAUGAGGAAAAUUAUGUUUCACUGUGGUCUAUUGGAGAUUUUGGGAACUUGGACUCUGAUGGAGGAUUUGAAGGAGACCAUCAGUUAUUGUGUGAUAUCAGACACCAUGGUGAUGUAAUGGAUUUACAAUUUUUUGACCAGGAAAGAAUUGUAGCUGCUUCAUCAACAGGAUGUGUAACAGUGUUCCUUCACCAUCCGAAUAACCAGACUCUGUCAGUCAGCCAGCAGUGGACAGCAGCUCAUCACCACACGGGUCCGGGCAGUCCUUCCUGCAGCAGUGCGCCAUGCACGGGUAUUGUGUGCAGCAACCCAGAAAUUGUCACAGUUGGAGAAGAUGGUCGAAUAAAUCUCUUCCGAGCUGAUCACAAGGAAGCUAUAAGAACUAUAGACAAUGCAGAUAGCAGUACACUCCAUGCUGUAACCUUCCUUCGAACUCCUGAGAUUCUUACAGUAAAUUCAAUUGGACAGUUAAAAAUAUGGGAUUUUAGACAACAAGGAAAUGAGCCCUCUCAGAUAUUAUCACUGACUGGUGACCGAGUGCCACUCCACUGUGUUGAUAGACAUCCCAGCCAGCAGCAUGUUGUAGCUACCGGUGGUCAGGAUGGAAUGUUAAGUAUUUGGGAUGUUAGACAAGGUACAAUGCCCGUGUCUCUACUGAAGGCUCAUGAAGCUGAAAUGUGGGAAGUUCACUUUCACCCAUCCAACCCAGAUCAUCUAUUUACUUGUUCUGAAGAUGGAUCUCUCUGGCAUUGGGAUGCCUCCACAGAUGUACCUGAGAAAUCAUCACUCUUUUACCAAGACUAAAAGGCCCUGUCUCCUGAUCAAAGACAGAGGUAAGUAAAGGUCAGCCAGAAACUAUACACUUAAAAUCAAGAGGUAUUUUUGUUUCUGUUUUUUGCACUUUCUCAGCUUCUUGUUUUUGAGUUUGUCUGUGGUUCAAAAGUUUAUUUGUUCAUUCAUUCAGCAAAUGUUUAUCAAGUGCCUACCACGUGCUAGGCACUCUUCUAGGUGUUAGAGCCCAUGACAGUGAGCAGAAAAGCCUUGAGGCACAGAGAGCAAAUAUUCCAGUAGACAGUAAGUAAAACAGAUAAUGUCUCAGUAAAAGUCCAAUCAGAAAAACAGAAACUACCCUGGAUUUAGAAGGAAUCGGUUUCACGUGUGUUAGAAGGGCUAGAAGAACAAAAGGGAAUGGGAGGGAUGCUGGAAGAGCAAAUAGCAAAAAAAGAGGAAUGCCCAGAAAUCAACAGUUGUUAAUACCUCUGCUGUACUGUUGGAAGUGCUGUCCAGGUUGGUCCCGGAUCAGCAGAAAAGGUGCCACCUCAGCUGGGGCUGGAAUUACUGCCUGUGUUGUUGUUGCCAGGAGCCUGGAGCCUUUUCCUUCCCCGACCCCACCCCGUCUGCCUUCCAGUCACCCACAGGAGUACCUCCCAUGGGCAGGGUCUGCCUGGAAGGCAGAUGGCAAGGGAGCCUGGAAAAAGGAGUUUGUUCCUGCAAUACAUAGUAGAGCACAGCAAAGUAGGAAAGGAGACAGCAAGAAGGAAAAGAUCUGGACCGAAUACCCUGAUGCCUAUGAAGAAGAGUGAAGAGAAUAGGAGGAUGAAGAAUUAGUGGAGGAGGGGCCGCUUGGCAGGGAGAACAUUUGAGCAGAGACCUGAGGAAGCGGAGGUACGAGUCACAGGAACGCAUGCCAGGUAGAGGAAACAGCAAAUUCCAAGAGCCUGAGACAGAACAGCAAGGAGGCCAGCGUGGCUGCAAUUCAGCAGGCCGGGAGUGCGAGGAGGUAGCAGGAGUUGCGGGGCAGGACUUUGCAGACUGGGAUAAGGGCUUCAGGUUCUAUUCUGAAUGUGACAGAAAGCCACUGGGGAAUUUUGAGCAGGGGAGUGGGGUGAUCUGUCUUACGUUUCCAAAGAAUCACUUAGGCGACUGUGUAGAAAAUAGACUGGGGAGAGGGAUGGAAAAAGCAGAAGCAGGGAGACCAGGGAGGAGACUUAGCACAGUGGUUCUAAUGUUAAUUUUCACAGUAUUCAAGAGUAAUAUAAAAUAUAGGAGCAGUAAAAGGUAAACAAAAACUAAGAAGGAAAAAUCUAAAACGUCUCCAGAAAAAUUCUGGAGAAGUAUGGCAUGUGUAGAGCAUGCGGCACGUCUAUGCUAAUAACUUCAUGUAUGGAGAAACUAAGAAUUUUAUUAGUUUCUAAUAAAUAAUAAGGAUUAGCUAAGCACUUGGUUUUUUAUUUCUUCUUCCCCUACCCCCACUAUCUUGCAUUUGAGAUUUUACUGUUUGAAGAACCUUGCUUAGACUGGAAAGAGCCAUUUACUAUAUUCUGUGCCUAGUAUCAUAAGGAACAAUAUUAGACACGGUGAAAAGGUAAAAUAAAUAUAAUCUAUACAACCUGCUCUUAAGAAAUACUUAAUUUAGUUACGGAGAAGGGGGCAUGCAAAGUUAAAUCAUAUAAGAAAUGUUACAAGGUAGUACCUUAUUAGUGGUGCAUAUAAGUGCUGAGGGUUCCAGGAAUGAAAAGAGAAGCAUGAACUAGAGUCAUCUUCAAAGGCUUCUUAGAGAAGGAAGUUGAGCUGGGCUUUAAGAAUUAGCAAGAGGGCUUCCCUGGUGGCGCAGUGGUUGAGAAUCUGCCUGCCAAUGCAGGGGACACGGGUUCGAGCCCUGGUCUGGGAAGAUCCCACAUGCCGCGGAGCAACUAGGCCCGUGAGCCACAACUACUGAGCCUGCGCGUCUGGAGCUUGUGCUCUGCAACAAGAGAGGCCGCGACAGUGAGAGGCCCGCGCAUCACGAUGAAGAGUGGCCCCCACUUGCCGCAACUAGAGAAAGCCCUCACACAGAAACGAAAACCCAACACAGCCAAAAAUAAAUAAUAAAUAAAUAAUAAAUAAAUUUUUAAAAAAAUUAAAAAAAAAAAAAGAAUCAGCAAGAUUUAAACUCACUAAUCUUUAAGCUUCAAGAUAUAAGGGACUUUGCCUUGUAUUCCCAGCACUUAGCACACAGCCUGGCAUAUAGUAGGUACUCAACCAUUUAUUGAGUACAUGAAAUCUAUCUUUAUUUGAUCUGGCAGAAAGUUGAAAAGAAAGAAAAUUUCAAAUGAAGGCUAAAACUGAAAUAUACUGCUUCUGCCCCACUUAAUCCUGUAUUAAAUGCAGAGCACUGUCAGACAUAAAAGUUUAUAAUCUGGUAGUGUUCUUAAAUUCUACUUUUAAGAACAUUUACCUGAAAUAAAGGCGAAAAAUAAAAGGAGAUCUAAAGCAAGUUGAUUAUAUGUUUAGACAUAUAGAAAUAAAUAUAUUUUUAGAAAUAUUCAUCUAGAAAUACAUCCAGAAAUUUUCAUUUUUGAUUACCUAAGAACUUAGAUUUCCAUAUAUUAUCUACAUUUAUUCUACUUGUCUUCUAGGCAUUUUGGUACAUUUCUGAGACUUUCCAUUAAAGAAUAAACAGGAAGACAGGGUCAAAAUGAACCUUAUGCUUUGCUAAAGAUUUCAAGUUUGAUAGCCAUAUUAUCCCAUGGAAAUUUGAGUAUUUAAUAUCACUGACUAAGCCUUUAGUCAAAAAUGGUGAUGUGUUAUAAUGGAAUUAUCAGCCAGUUAUUCUUGAGAAUUAAAACCAAUAUAUAUCAUCACCUUCUUUAAGUAUUAGAAUUUCAGAUGUUUACUAGGAUAAAAUUAGUCUUGAAAGAAGUUUUCACCUUUUCUUUUCUU